AUGGAUCACCUACCUCAGGAGAUCAUUAACCGGAUGGUGAUGUUUCUCGAUCGGUAUCCAGAUCGAGAAGGGAUUCCCAAUAUCUUACAACAACGGGUGGUCGUGAAGUCCUCAACACUGCCACCUUUUGCUACAAUAUCCUCGCAAUGGAAGGAGGCUGUUGAGUUCAUUACGUUCCAUCGACUAGACAUCAAAAGCGAAGAUCUUGGCGAACUGCGGACCAUCGUAACACGCAAUAGGUGCAAAUAUUUGAGGAACUUGAAGUACAGCAUUCUGCUUCCAGAAUACCCGGAAGAGCAGGGCAAUCGCAUGGAGAGCAGUGAGGAGCAAGAGACCAACAACGAAAUUUUCACCCAUAGCAUUGCUGAACUUUUCUCGACCUUGAGGCAAUGGGAGGACGCAGGUGUUCUUUCCGAGUUGCGAUUCAACCUAGCGGCUCCAAAGUCCCCGAGCGAUUGUUACGAUUCCGAGAGUCGGUUUGCUACUGCCUAUCUCACGCUGUCCGAGAUGGACAGAAUACCUACAGUUUCGCGAAUUAGCUAUUUCCAGAUACAAGGCAAUUACGGCCGAAAGAUAUCGCCAUCCGUUGGGCCCCAGCUCAUGUCAGUUCUGCCCGGUCUGAAGCACAUUUACGCAGAAUUCUACGAAGAGGGUGCACAAUCGGCCGGCGUUGAGAGAAGAUCAAAUUUCGCAAGGUUACUUGAGCAAACGAAGCUUCCGGCUAGCUCAGUAGCAAUGUUCAAUUUCCACCAGGAAGCGCCGUUCGACCACCGAGAAGCUACCUCCUCUAGUCUCCUACAGGGCACACUCUUCGAUCUGUUUAGCGCAUCGCUACGCGUCUUCUCUCAGAAUCUUACAACCUUCAUUCUGGAUGCUUAUGUCGACGCGACGCUGUUCUGGCCCUCUAUCCACGAAUCGUGCGCCAUGCCAUCGUGGCCCUCGCUCAAGAAGCUCAAGAUCUCGUUCAAUCCCGUCGCGCCUUCUGGUACCUGGUACUUCGUUGGCACCCCGAGGGACGAGGAGGACACUCAAUUCAUGCAACACGGUAAUCGAGACACCCUAGACCCAUUCCUCAUCGCCUUUGCAAAAGCGACGCAGCAAAUGCCUGUCCUCGAGAGCUUUAUGCUCGAGUGCGAAAUCGGAUAUAAAGUGGGGUUCUUCGAAUUGUCCUACUAUGCGCCUGGCGUGAAGGCGGACUGGAGUUUGGAUUGGGGCGAUGAAGACGCGGCGACGGUCCGGCGAUUGUAUUACACGGUUGGAGAUGUGUGGAGGCCGGAUGCGUUCGUUGAGGAAACUUUGCGCGAUGUUGGAAGGGAGAGGCAUGGGCCGGAGCUGAUUGAGAGGUUUCUUGGGCACAGGAGUUGGAGUUCGCAGUCGGCUUGGAGUUGGUUUUGA